AUGGAAAAGGGUGGAUGUAAGUUUGGUUGGAAUACUAUCAUUGAAAUGUGGCAGAGGGAAUGCACAAGAGUAGAGACUGGUAUCAUGCGCAAAGUGCCAAAGUUGCUUCCAUCCUUCAUUGAAUGCGAUGCUUGGACCAAGUUAAAUGUUGCUCCAGCUAAGAUAAUGCAGCAAGACAAUGUUCUCACUGACCUUUAUGACCAUGCAAAUCCACAAGAUGUUGCAGAAAAACCCAAGGAUUUUGAAGCUACAGUUCUAGUCCGUAAUUAUUUACUUGCCUGCAACAAGAUAUUUGAAAGGGGAGUGUUAUCAAAUUCAAAGAUAACAAGCAGUGAUUUAACCAUAGUUAAUAAUAUUGAAGAUGGGUAUCAAUUCUUUGAAGAAUGGUGGGAGAAAUUAAAUGCUGGUGGAGACUUCCAACCUCAAUCUUCGGCAGAAAGAAGAUUCAUUUCAUGGCAAACAUGGGAUUUACUUAGAAUUCUUGUCUAUGGGUUCACAGGUCUGGUGAAACGGUUUCUGCACGAUUACAAUGGUUAUUAUAUAUUCCCAUUAAAGGUUAAUGGCAGUGCUGCUGAAACGCUUUUCUCGCAGUUUAAAUUUGAAACAAACAUCAAGUUAUCGUCAGUCAACUAUGCAACAGCUAGAUCCCGUGUAUUGAUGAAGAAAUGGGCAGCCUUGGCACCGUGCAUGGAGGUGCCAAGGCUGCCCAUGGCUACAGGGAUACACCGCUGUACAUCAGAGAAAAAAGCUAUGACGCAAAUUUUAUAA